GGCUGAUGGGCCAGAGGCUCAGAGGACGCCUCGAGACAGGGGGAUCUUCGGUCAGGCCAGGGAGCCCGAGUUGGGAGCCCAGUCCCGUGGCUGCCGCGGUGGAGGCAGCGGGGCGGACUGUCGGCGGCGACGGCAGCUCAGCCUGACAGCCUGGAUCCUACCCUUGUCAAAGACAGGCCAUGGAAACUAUGUUCCCGACAGCCAAGAGGAUGGAGUUGCUGUCAUUUGAGGAUGUGGCAAUGUACUUCACCCAAGAGGAGUGGGGCCAUCUUGACUGGGCUCAAAAGGACCUCUACAGAGAUGUGAUGCUGGAGAACUACAGCAACAUGAUCUUGUUGGGAUUUCAGUUUCCCAAACCUGAGGUGAUCUGUCAACUGGAGAAGUGGGAUGAGCCCUGGAUCCUGGACCUACCAAGAGCUGGGAAUAGGAAGGCUUCCAGUAGUGCUUACCCAGGUUCUGAACCCAGAUACAAGAUGACGACACUAACUUCAAAGCAGAAAGUUUCUGAAGAUUUAGAGUCAUGUAAGAUGUCAGUGGUGAUGCAGCAAAUGGCCAAGAAAUUUUCAGAAAAGUUACACAAAUGUAAAGAAGUUGUGGACAGUUGCAGGCUUGUCCUUCCUAAUGGUGAUGCUGAAUACAACAAAGGCUUCCUUCAAAACCUUAACCUUCAAGAUCAGAAUGCUCAAACAGGGUGGAAGCAAGGCAAAUGUGAUGAAGAUGGAAAACGCUUCAAUCAAAGCUCUUUGCUUUUGAGGCAUGAGCUAAUUUUUACAAGAGCAAAAUCUUAUGAAUGUAAUCAAUGUGGGAAAGUCAUUCGACGUAAGGCAUGGUUUGAUCAACAUCAAAGAAUCCACUUUUUAGAGAAUCCCUUUGAGUGUAAUGUAUGUGGGCAAGCCUUCAAACAGCGAUCAGCUCUUAUUGUCCAUAAACAGUGUCACUUGCAAAGCAAGCCAUAUAAAUGUCCUGACUGUGGAAAGUGUUUCCGUCAGGUUGCAUAUCUUGUUGAACAUAGGAGAAUUCAUACCAAAGAAAAACCGUACAAAUGUAGUGAAUGUGAAAAAACCUUUAGUCAGAAUUCAACUCUUAUUCGACAUCAGCUAAUCCAUAGUGGAGAAAAACCCCACGAGUGCCUUGAGUGUGGAAAAGCCUUUGGUCGGUAUUCAACACUUUUGUGCCAUCAACAAAUUCACAGUAAACCAAACACCCAUAAAUGUAGUGAAUGUGGACAGUCCUUUGGCCGGAAUGUGGAUCUCAUCCAGCAUCAAAGAACCCAUACAAAAGAGGAAUUCUUUCAAUGUGGAGAAUGUGGAAAAACUUUUAGUUUUAAGAGAAAUCUUUUUCGACAUCAGGUCAUUCAUACCGGAAACCGACCCUUUGGAUGUGACGUAUGUGGAAAAUCUUUCAAGUGGCACACAAGCUUUAUUAAGCAUCAGGGCACUCACAAAGAACAGAUGUCUACAUGAUAUUAACUGGAAGUGAUAUCAUUUAAAGACUAUAGCUUAUUUACCACCAAGUGUGUAGAACUUGAUUGUUUCAUGAAAUGCAAUAAA